AUGAGGAAUUCUAUCACACCAGCUGAGCUCGUUUGCGUGGCCCUACGUUACUUAGCGACUGGUGAGACUUUCAGGUCUUUAGAAUUUCAAUUCAGAGUGUCAAGAAAAAGAAUUUCAGCAGCUGUUAUGGAGGUAUCUGAAGCUAUCAUAAAGAGGUUGGGUCCAACCUUCCUUUCAACUCCGAAAACACAGGGGGAAUGGCUAGAUAUCUCCAGAAAGUUCAAUGAGCGUUGGAACUUCCCAAAUGGAUUAGGUGCUCUCAAUGGGAAGCAUAUCGUCAUUCAGCAGCCCCAAAUUCAGGGUCUCAUUACCGAAACUAUAAAGGGACAGACAGUGUAG